CAUCCUCUGUUACAUAUGCAACACAGCUCUGGGGGGUGGGGGUGGUACUGGUUAGUUCAUAGUGUUGUUCCUCCUAUUAGUCUUGCUUUUUUGUAAACAGGCUUGGCCAUUCUACCAACUACCUGUAGCUGAUGUGACAAUGGUUCAAGGCAAGGCAGCCAAGCAAAUCCUACCGGCGUGCGCCACCACUACCGGCGGCGAAUGGGCGCUGCUACGCCCUACUUGAACCGUACCAACGAUGACGACACAACACCCGACACGCCCCCAUACUCCUACCUGAACACUGCCCACACACCACCAGCGCAGCCUCACCUCACACCCACCGCACGCCCGCACACACAACCACAACACCAACAGCUACGCUCCCUAAUACGCCCGCCCAACACUCUUCACUCCCUCCCUUCCUCCCUCCCUCCCUCCCGGCUGCCUCACACCGGACUCCCGUUCCACGGCGACACCUGCCGGUCGCGCCGGGAACCGACACUCGCCGCCGACCCCGAACCCGGAACCCGAACCCCCACGUGCCGACGACUCUUGCCGCCUGAUCGCCCACCAGCGACCAGCGAUCAGCGACGAGCGACGAGCGACGAGCACCGGCUCCUAGCUGGUCCUCCUCCUCCUCCUGCUCCAGUCGUGUCGCCCUCCAGGCCCCCACCUUCCACACAACUCUCUCGGCAAACGCUCACAAGAAGCACCCGCACCACCCCGCACCGCAAGGCAGAAAGACGCCUUGCUCGGCCACCUUGGCCUUUCCUCGCUGGCGAGCGAGCGAGCAAGACCAAAACCGCAAACUCCGAACGCCUGCUGGCCCUUCGUCUACACCCGCGCUCCGCCCUCCCGGACCUCGAGGCCUCGCUGACAGUUCUCCACUCCUCAAGCGAGCCCGGAGGCUCAGCGGGAGCACCCCGUGCUCCAACCUGGUGCUCCUCCAACACCCACAGCUCUGCUUUUCUUUCUUCCCUUUCUGGAAGGCCUGGGCCUUGGGCCACGAGACCACCCUGACCACAGCCAAGUCUCCGGGGCCAGGAGCCAGGCCCUCCACUUGGACCCACACAGUUCCCCACACUCGGGACCCCACGCCCACGCGGACUGGGACUGCCCGUGUUAGCCUCGCAGGAAGAACUGCAGUGGGCAAGUGAGCCUCCUGGAAUCGCCCCAGCGGUCCACCGGCCCAAGCUUGUGCUCCGCUCUGCUGGGUGUACCCUGGAGAAGCGGGGGCCCCAGGACCUUUGGCCCAGCAUGGCUUCUUACUCCUGAGGGGUCUGCCUUCUCCUGCCUCUCUUUGCUAGAUCCCUCAUGGCCCUGGCGUGCUGGGAUUGGGCAAGGCAAGACACUCACUGCCUGCAACCUCCUGUGAUUGCCCUCCUGGGUGAUGCCCCCACCCCACCCCACCCCACCCCACCCCACCCCACCCCACCCCUGCUCUGAUGGGCCAGAGGCUUGCGGAUCGACCUGAGGAGGAAUCCUCUUGAGAUAAUGCUGUUGAGAUGAAUUCAUGAUCAGUUGUAAUUCCUGUUUGGUCUAAGUCCUUUCGGGAAAUGAGUUGGAUUUAAAUCAUGGGGGGCGGGGGUUUGGGGAGACUGAGGGUAGUCGACAGAAAGUCUACUUCGGGAUCAAGACUAGAAUGUUCCCCUUCCUCAUAGAACAGCAAGAGAGCUGCAUCGUUGAGAGAAGGAGCACAUGAGCUUCCGUGCCUUC